CUUCCUUCUCCUGAACACUCUGUAUGAAGGACUACUCUGACAUCCUCUUCAGUCUAGCUGUUCAGUGAAUUACCAGCAUUUUUGGUUUAGCCGAAGGAAAGCUUUCUUUGUCAGCCUGCCGGAACUGAACCUGACCCACUUACACCUUUUCCUUAUUGCAAAUGCCUAAGAACAGCAAGGUGGUAAAAAGAGAACUAGAUGAUGAGGUUAUCGAGUCAGUUAAGGAUCUUCUCUCUAAUGAAGACUCUGCAGAUGAUGCCUUUAAGAAGAGUGAACUGCUGGUUGAUGAUCAAGAACAUAAAGAUGUAGAUGUUGAAGAGGGGUCAGAUAUAGAAGAUGAAAGACCAGCCUGGAACAGCAAACUUCAGUAUAUUCUGGCACAAGUUGGAUUUUCUGUAGGGUUGGGAAAUGUGUGGCGAUUCCCAUAUCUGUGUCAGAAAAAUGGUGGAGGUGCAUAUCUUGUGCCGUACUUAAUUUUGCUGAUGAUAAUAGGGAUUCCACUUUUUUUCCUGGAGCUUUCUGUGGGCCAGAGAAUCCGACGAGGAAGCAUUGGCGUAUGGAAUUACAUCAGCCCCACGCUUGGUGGAAUUGGAUUUGCAAGCUGUGUAGUAUGUUUCUUUGUGGCCCUCUACUACAAUGUCAUCAUUGGAUGGAGUUUGUUUUACUUUUCUCAGUCGUUUCAGCACCCCUUGCCAUGGGAUCAGUGUCCUUUGGUGAAAAAUAUUUCUCACACAUUUGUGGAGCCUGAGUGUGAAAAAAGCUCUGCUACCACCUAUUACUGGUACAGAGAAGCACUGAACAUUUCCAACUCUCUCUCAGAGAGUGGGGGUCUGAACUGGAAAAUGACUCUGUGCUUGCUGGCUGCCUGGAUUCUGGUUUGCCUGGCAAUGAUCAAAGGCAUUCAGUCUUCAGGCAAAAUCAUGUAUUUUAGUUCCCUUUUCCCUUAUGUGGUACUUAUAUGCUUUCUAGUCAGAGGACUGCUCUUAAAUGGUUCCAUGGAUGGAAUUCGUCACAUGUUUACACCUAAGCUUGAAAUAAUGCUGGAGCCCAAGGUCUGGAGAGAAGCUGCUACUCAGGUGUUCUUUGCCUUAGGGCUUGGAUUUGGUGGAGUCAUUGCCUUUUCAAGCUACAACAAGAGAGACAACAACUGCCAUUUCGAUGCUGUUCUGGUGUCCUUCAUCAAUUUUUUCACUUCUGUGCUGGCAACUUUGGUGGUGUUUGCUGUUCUGGGCUUCAAAGCAAAUAUCAUAAAUGAGAAAUGCAUUACCCAAAAUUCAGAAAAGAUUUUAAAUCUUUUGAAAAUAGGCAAUCUGAGCCAGGAUAUGAUCCCCCAUCAUAUCAAUUUCUCUAGCAUCACAGCAGAGGAUUACAAUUUAGUUUAUGACAUCAUUCAAAAAGUUAAAGAAGAAGAAUUUCUGGCUCUUGGCCUGAAAUCCUGUCAGAUUGAAGAUGAACUUAAUAAGGCUGUUCAAGGCACUGGUUUAGCUUUUAUUGCCUUUACAGAAGCAAUGACCCACUUCCCUGCUUCUCCUUUCUGGUCAGUGAUGUUCUUCCUCAUGUUGUUAAAUCUGGGACUUGGCAGUAUGUUUGGAACCAUUGAAGGAAUCAUCACACCUAUUGUUGAUGCCUUCAAAGUAAGGAAAGAAAUUCUUACUGUCAUCUGCUGUCUGGUGGCAUUUUUAAUUGGCCUGAUCUUUGUGCAGCGCUCUGGAAAUUAUUUUGUCACAAUGUUUGAUGAUUAUUCUGCUACUCUGCCUCUACUUAUUGUGGUCAUUUUGGAGAAUAUUGCCAUUUCUCAAGUUUAUGGGAUAGACAAAUUUAUGGAGGACCUUAAGGAUAUGCUUGGUUUUUCUCCAAACCAGUAUUAUUACUACAUAUGGAAGUAUGUUUCCCCUGUAGUAUUGUUAUUUUUGCUGGUAGCUAGUAUUGUCCAAAUGGGAUUAAGUCCUCCUGGUUACAAUGCAUGGAUUGAAGAAAAGGCUACUGAGGAGUUCCUGAGCUAUCCACCCUGGGGAAUGAUUGUCUGUAUAUCUCUGAUGAUAUUGGCAAUACUUCCUGUCCCUAUAGUCUUCAUAGUCCGCCGCUGCAAUCUUAUUGAUGAUAGCUCUGGUAGUUUGGCUGCUGUAUCCUACAAAAGAGGACGGAUAAUAAAGGAGCCUGUUAAUCUAGAGGGAGAUGAUGCAAGUCUGAUUCAUGGGAAGAUUCCAAGUGAGCAGCCAUCUCCAAAUUUUGGUAAAAACAUAUACCGGAAACAGACUGGAUCCCCAACUCUUGAUACUGCUCCCAAUGGACGCUAUGGUAUUGGCUAUCUAAUGGCAGAUAUGCCAGAUAUGCCAGAGUCUGACUUGUAGCUAGAGAACAAAAUCACUUUUUUUUGUUUAUACUGUAUCACUAAACAUUGGGUCUCUAAGACAAGUUGUCUGCUUAACUUACUAGAGUGCGAUCUCAGGUGCCCCCUAGCUACACUCUUUAAAAUGUCAUGACGGUACAUACAGAGUGAAAAUUCUCUUUGUAUUGAUCUUCUGGUUUUAUAUUGCAUUAGAACAUAAGAACAGCCAUAUUGGGUCAAACCACAAGCCCAUCCAACCCACUCUCAUGUCCUCUGACAGUCGCCAAUGCCAGGUGCCCCAGAGGGAUGAACAGAACAGGCAAUCAUCAAGCCAUCCAUUCUCAGUCACCCAACCCCAGCCUCCAUCAAUCAGAUGCCAGGGACACCAUCUCUGCCUAUCCUGGCUAAUAGCCAUUGAUGGAUCUAUCCUCCAUGAAUUUAUCUAGUUCUUUUUUGAACCCUGUUAUAGUCUUGGCCUUCACAACAUCCUCUGGCAAAGAGUUCCACAGAUUGACUGUGCGUUGUGUGAAGAAAUACUUCCUUUUGUUUCUUUUAAACAUGCUGCCUAUUAAUUUCAUUUGGUGACCUGCUAGUUCUUGUGUUAUGAGGAGUAAAUAACACUUCCUUAUUUACUUUCUCCACACCAGUCAUGAUUUUAUAGACCUCAAUCAUAUCCCCCCUUAGUUGUCUUUUUUCCAAGCUGAAAAGUCCCAGUCUUAUUAAUCAUGUUCCAUGGCCCUAAUCAUUUUUGUUGCCCUUCUGUGAACCUUUUCCAAAUCCAAUAUAUAUAUAUAUAUAUAUAUUUUUAGAUGGGGCAACCACAUCUGCAUGCAGUAUUCAAUAUGUGGGCAUACCAUGGAUUUGUAUAGAGGCAAUAUGAUAUUUUUUCUAUCCACAGUGACUCCAAGAUCUCUUUCUUGAGUGGUAACAGCUAAUUUAGACCGCAUAAUUUUGUAUGUAUAGCUUGGAUUAUGUUUUCCAAUGUGCAUUACUUUACAUCUAUCAACAUAAAAUUUCAUCUGCCAUUUUGUUGCCCCGUCACCCAGUUUUGUGAGAUCCCUUUUGUAACUCUUUGCAGUCUGCUUUGGACUUGACUAUCUUGAGUGUUGAAGGGAAAACAUACCACAUUAAAAAAAUCAGUGAUGGCCUAGGUCUGUCAAGAUAGCCAAGAUUUUUUUUUAAAUUUAAUUUGAAAGCUUUCUGUCUAUAAAGUACAGUUCUUAUCUCAGUUUGCAGCAAUUUCUCAAUUGAUGUAAUAUUUCUGACUUAGUUUAACUGAAAAUCUCUUUUUUGAUUUCAGGUUAACUCCCAAAUAUUAGAAGUGAGCCUCAAAAAUAGUUCACCAAACCCAUAUUUCUUCACACAAUUGUAUAUACAUUAUGUAGAUAUGCUGUACUUAUUUUGUUAGCACUGAUAAUUACUUGGGCUAUUAGCUGAGUACAAAAUCUUGCAAACUAUUUUCUUAUGUAACAGCUGUAUAGAAAAGUAGUAUUAGAAAACCAAGGAGGAGGCUUCUAAUGGGAAUACAAGAAAGAUUCCCAGUUCACUGAGGACUGCUUAAGCUGUGGCUGUAUAUUUUAUGUAAAAUAUUUUCUUUUUCAGUGUGAAAAUGAUGUAAGAGCGAGUCACUCCAAGACUCUUAAGGAUUAUGCAGAUUCUGCAUUUUUUCUAAGCUGUGUGCCUAAAAAAACCCUUCUUGAUAUUUAUUGUGGUUACAAGAUUACAUAUAUAUUAUAUUUAUAUAAUAUACUUGUAAUGUAAAUAUGUAUAUUAAUACUGUAUGUAAUGGUUUCAAAACUUGAAGCAAGAUGGCUUUUUUAAUUAGUCUCUUUCUGUUUUGCUUCUGGUUUAUGCAAAAAGAAAUCCUUGGUUUUUUUAGUGAAUGAUUGUUAAGAACUGUAUGGCAUUACAUUUUAAUCUAUGAAUAA